GCCGUGCCCGCGGCGCCAGGGAUCACCUGGGACCACUUCCGCGGCGUCCGGGUGAUCGCCGUGCCCGGCAGCCAGGCCUACGCCAGGAGCCAUGGGGUCUACGUGGCUGACGGGCAGGGGCUGGUGAGCAACAUCAUCUACAAGGGCACCGAGGCCCAGAUCAAGCAGUGUGCUUACCCUGACGGCACUGUCCCACUGGUGUGUGGAGUCGUCUUCUUCGCCGCUGAUGCCGCCGAGCAGCUGCUGGCCACCCACGUGGUGCCUCCUUUGGACGCCUGCACCUACAUGGGUCUGGAUUCGGGGGCACCACCCAUCCAGCUCUCGCUCUUCUUCGACAUUGUGCUCAGCAUGGCGAGCGGGCUGACAGAGGAGGAGUUCGUGCAGGGCGCGGGCGAUGCCAGCACCAGGAGGGCCCGCUCCGUGCUCUGGGCGGCUCUCCGAGCCUUCCCUCUCAGCAUGGCCUGCGUCCCCCACGGCUCCUAUGACUACCUGAGCGCAGCCGCCAGCGACCACAUCCGCAGCCUGAUGCUCCCRCCCUGCUCCAGCAGCCACCUCCGCUUCUGCAAAAUCGCCCAUUCCCACGUGGACCAGCCGCAGCUCAUAGAGGAUGGCUCCUCCGUCACCAACUGCCUGCUGGAAGGAGCCGUGCGGUUGGCGGCCGGCAGCGUGGUCCAGCACUGCCACCUCCAGGGUCCCCUGGAGAUCGGCCCUGGCUGCCUCAUCUCGGGCCUGACCACGGCCUCCUCGGCCGCCCUGCGGAGCUGCCUCCUGCGCGACGUGGUCCUGCAGGGCCACCACGUGCGGCUGCGGGACCUGCCCUGCCGAGUGUUCACGCUCACCGGUCGCCUCGAUGACUGGCAGAGCCCUGCUGAAGAAGCCACCUACUUGAACAUGCCAUGGACCGAGUUUUUCCAUCGGACGGGCAUACAGGAAGGGGACGUGUGGGACGUGGAGACGCCGCGGGGGAGCCGCUGCCUGCUGCGCGCCCGCCUCUUCCCCGUGCUGCACGCUGCCGAGGCGCUGGGGCUGGAGGACGUGCUGUGGCUGCUGGCGCCCGCGCCGGGGCGGCUGCAGCGCUGGCGGACGGCCUGGCGCAUGUCCUGGGAGGAGCUGCUGCCCUGCCUGGACCGGGCGGCCGAGCUGGGCGCCCGCCGGGCCCUCUUCUUUCAGCAGGGCCAGCGCAAGGUGCGGCGGGUGCUGCUGGAGCGCCGGGACAGCAGCCUGCUGCCCUUCACGCGCAGCGCUGUGCACGAGGGCUACCACGAGGCCCUGCUGCGCACGCUGGAYGAGGUCGCCUCUACAGCCGAUGACGCCGGUGUCGCUGCCCGGGCGCUCGCGUGCGUUGCUGACGUGCUGGGCUGCAUGGCGCGAGGGGAAGGGGGCUUGCGCAGCGGGCCGGCCGCCAACAAGGAGUGGGCCUCGGCCUUCGGGCGCCUGGAGAGCGGGGACGUCGCCGGUGGCGUGCRGGAGCUGGCUGCAGAGCGCGAGAAGUGGAUGAGCAGGCCCGCCCUGCUGGURCGAGCAGCUCGGCACUAUGAGGGCGCUGGGCAGAUCCUCAUCCGCCAGGCUGUGAUGUCCUCGUGUCAGUUUGUCACUGUGCAGUCCGUGGAGCUGCCACCCUUGGGCUGCUGGGUUCGUGCCACAUGUCCAGCUCGCCUGGACCUCUCUGGUGGCUGGAGUGACACUCCUCCCAUCACCUACGAGCACGGCGGGGCCGUGGUGGAUGUGGCCGUGCUGGUGGACGGGCAGCGGCCGCUGGGCGCCCGUGUGCGGCGCAUCGGCGCGCCGGAGCUGCGGCUGGCCAGCGUGAGCAGGGCGCCGCGGGGCCGCGUGGAGCUGGUGUGCCGCGAGCUGGAGCACUUGCGGGAUUACUGCCAGCCGCACGCGCCAGGAGCCCUUCUGAAAGCUGCCUUCAUAUGCACCCAGGUGGUGCAGUUUCCCUCGCCGAAGCCCCUACAAGCCCAGCUGCUAGAGAGCUUUGGUGGUGGCUUUGAGGUGCACACCUGGUCCCAGCUGCCACACGGCUCGGGCCUGGGUACCAGCAGCAUCCUGGCCGGAGCAGUGAUGGCAGCGCUGUACCGGGCAGCAGGGAAGGCUGCCAAUACCGACUCCCUCAUCCACGCUGUGCUGCACCUGGAGCAGAGGCUCACAACAGGCGGCGGGUGGCAGGACCAGGUCGGCGGGCUGGUGCCAGGCAUCAAGAUCGGGAGGUCGAAGGCCSAGCUGCCGCUGCGGGUGGAGGUGGAGGAGAUCGUGGUGCCCCAGGGCUUCGUGCAGACUCUCAACGAGCACUUGCUGCUGGUGUACACAGGCAAGACCCGCCUGGCCCGCAACCUGCUCCAGGAUGUGGUGAGGAACUGGUAUGCCAGGCAGCCCACGGCCGUGCACAACACCAGCGCGCUGGUAGGCACCGCCGAGGAGUGCGCCCGGGCUCUGCGGCAAGGUGAUCUUCCGCUCCUCGGUGAGUGUCUGAACCGCUACUGGCAGCAGAAGAAGUGCAUGGCCCCCGGGUGCGAGCCGCUGGCCGUGGGGCGCCUCAUGGCYGCUCUCCAGCCUCACGUCUACGGGCAGUGCUUGGCUGGGGCCGGCGGUGGCGGCUUCCUCUAUGUCUUGACCAAAGCCCCGUGCCAGAAGGAAGCCUUGCUCCAAAUUCUAGCAAAAACGGAGGGCGUGGGCAACUUCAGCAUCCACAGUGUUGAAGUGGAUACAGGCGGCCUCUCAGUGGAUAUAGAGGGAAGUGAYCCUGAAGGCCACACUCGCCCUGGAGAGGAUGCAGCCUUGGGAUGACCUCCCAUCCUGUACUGUUCCUCCUGGAUACGUAGGGCAGAGAUAGGGAGCAGCUGGCCAGCCCUGUGAAGCAGGAGCCGCCCACGACAGAGUCUCGGCUCCCUGGACCUGCAGCUGGGACUGGUUCUAGUUCGUGUGCCGGCUCGCUGGCACAUGGACAGAAUCCUCUGCUUGGCCACCCCGUACCAAAGCUGAGCCCAGGGCAGGUCCUUACACUGGAGCYUGGGCUAUCCUGGGAACAGCGGCUGGACCUUGGCUGUGGAGGGGUCUCAGCUGCCUAUCCUUGGGGUGCCGGGCGCUGUCCUGCCCAACAGCCUUUGUCCACCCUGACAUAACCUGCUCCUUCAGCUGGCACCAGCAAGUGCCUUAAGUGCCACAAGGUGCUGGCCUUGUGCCCACCUUGUGCUGGUGCCUGCCCUCGAGGCUGGAGGCACUGUGCUGAGCCAGACCUUCAUGCUCACCUUGGGCUUUGACCUGGGCUUUUAUGGUUCCUCAAAGCAGCGACUAACCUCAAUGCUGUUCCCUAGAGCAGGGCUAAGGUGAGUGUUACUGCUGAGUCUUCCACUCCUUCACUAAUAGUGGCUCAGGCUGCCUGUUUGCGGUGCCCCACGGUCCAUCAUGGAUGUAGAAUCAAGUUUUCCCCCCGCCCUUGCUUCUCUAAGAGUCAGGUACCAGGA